AUAAUUAUUGCACCCGGUAGCAGCUAGUGUUCGGCGGCCCUCGCACUAGUGCUGUGUUUCGGUUACCUAUCCCUAUCUAAGUAUUUAGUCUUUAGGAUGCGCAUCCGAUAAGCGCCAAGAUAGAGAUCUGUCGAAUGUUGGACUGUUGAAACCGGCAAACAGGCGGCCGAGUUUAAGUUUGUUGGUGUUAUUUACAUUGACUUGCAAUACUAAAUAAUACAGCCGGGACGAUAUGAACGAAGAAACGGCCACAGGAAACGAUAACGAAAAGCCAGUCGUUCAACAGGAAAAUGUCGCGGAGUUCAUGGCCAUGGACAAACCGCUGAACGAACCGUCGCAUUGCGAGCAAGAAUCCACAGUCAGGUCGAUUGACUCGACGACCGUUUGCAACCUGAACAACGUGGUGCUGCCAGUUAUCACCUACGAGUUUUCACAGGCCAACCAUCAUCAUCAUCAGCAACAGAUAAUAGACACAACCGGCAUACACCCGACUACAAUAGUGUACCACAGCUCCGGCGAACAGCACCAACAACAGUACACGCUACCGCCGCCGCCACCACCACCCCCACAGACUUCAACUAUCAACUACGUGGUGUCCGAAGGUCGUACCAGAGUACGUUCGUACGAAUCCGAAAAAGAUUACAAGAAAUCGGCGUGUGACAGGGAACGGACGAGGAUGCGCGACAUGAACAAAGCGUUUGAUUUACUAAGGAAUAGGCUGCCCAAAAGUAAACCACCCGGCAAGAAGCUGUCUAAAAUCGAAUCGUUGAGGAUGGCCAUCCGGUACAUAAGACACUUACAAGCCAUACUCGAAUACGGACCCGAAUACGAGACUAAGUUGUACACCGUGCCCUGUACACAAUACUUGCCCCCGCCGACCUAUUACGGAUAUCAGCCGCCGUACAAUCAGUGGAAUGCCGGCGAUUUUGCUCCCAUCAUAAGUCAUCAGUACUGAAACUAUGAUUCAAAUUUCAAGACCCAACAACAUAUACCUACUAUUAAGACACAAUGUUUUUAGGAAUGAAUAUAAUAUUAAAAUUACCAAUUAGUCAUUGAUAAUUUAUUACACAGAUAUAGCUUUUGUUUUUAUACAUUUAUGUACUUAUGCGCACCGAUUGUGUAUUGAAAAAUUAUCGUUGAAAACAGUUGUCCGUGUGUAAUACUGUAUCGUGCAAAUUAAUGAAUCGGUGAGUGGAAGAACAAUAAUAAAUAUACAAGUAUAAAAAUUAAAACAAAACAAAUUAAACCAUAUUGCAUUGACCCUACAUUAUUCCCAUUAUGUCUGUUUAUACUCACAGACAGAUGUUAAUAUUUAUUCUAAUUAUUAAUUGUUGAAAAACGAUAUUGUUAUUUCAUUCACAUCCGUUUAAACGUUAAAACUAAAAACUGUUCUAUACGAAUUUCCAGCUUAAUUGUAUUCACCCAUUACGUCAGCUAUACAUAGUUAUUGUAUAUUUUAUUAUUAUUGAAACUCAAUAAAAAAUUAAUUUUUGUAAUAUUCGACUUCUAAUUUACUUCUAUCCUAAUAACGUUACCAUUAGGUAAUAAUUGUAAUCUAUACGAGGUUCUAAUUUUCUGAUGUGAUCUUUGGUUUUUCAUUAAUAAUCGAUAGUAAUUUAAACACGGGUUAGAAUAAUUCAAAUUAUAUAAAGAGGAAAUUUUUAAAACAAUCAUAGACACAACUGUUAAGUGUCGAAUUAGCAUAACUACCAAUUUGGGACCUUCAAUUAAUUUGAAUUUAAUCCCAAUGUAUGUAUUUCUCACAAAAUUAUUUUUAUUAUUUUUACGGUGUUGCGUUAGACAUUUAAG